GUCACACAGGCACACACAGAACAAAAGUAGCCAGUGCUUAAACAGAAAGGGGGGUCCUGCUGCUGCCCUGCAUUCUAGAGUCCAGUGGCUGCUGCUCAAGCCUGUAGGAUCUGCAAGCUGCCACACCUUCAGGAGACUGUCAUACUGUAUGAGCUACCAGCAAUCCCCAUGGAUAAGUGACUCACAACAAGCAUCAUCCUCCUCUCUGGAAACUGCAACACCGUGCCUGGGAUUUCCAAGGUGAAACAGUGUCUUCCUUGAGUAAGAGCAGUUCAUCUUCCUCUCCUUGGGCCAAUGGAUGUUUAUUUCUCUUUCAACAAAUGUUCUGCUGCAGAAUUGAUGCCCAUGUAGAUGUCUCCAGCCUUGCAGUGAGCCUGAAAGGUAUGUCACCACGCAGACUGCCAGCAAAUGAAUCAGAAGAAUCCUCUGAAUUUGUGUGAGUCAUGUGACAUCAAGUUCCACAGCACCAUGCACUUUGAUAGACAUAUACGCUUUGACCUCCCUUCUCAAGGAUCCAUCCUGGCCCGUAACGUCUCCACGCGAUCAUGCCCUCCCCGCACCAGCCCUGCAUCAGAUGUUGAGGAAGAUGAAGAGGAGUUGAUGGAUGGCAAAGGAGAGAAGAAAGCUGCAGGGCUGAAGAUAACGAAGAAGAAGACCCGGAGAAGACACACAGACGACCCAAGUAAGGAAUGCUUCACAUUAAAGUUCGAUCUGAAUGUGGAUAUAGAGACGGAAAUUGUACCAGCCAUGAAGAAGAAAUCUCUGGGAGAAGUCUUGAUACCGGCAUUUGAAAGGAAAGGAAUUGAACUGAGUAAGGUGGAUAUCUUUCUGGACCAGUCCAACACACCUUUAUCCCUCAACUUUGAGGCAUACAGAUUUGGAGGACAUUACCUGAAGGUUAAAGCUAAACCAGGGGAUGAGCUGAAAGUGGAACAGGCUGUGAAGGAUUUCAGAUCGUUAAGCUUACCCAUCAUGAGGAACACCGGAGCUACGUCCACGUUUAUCUUCACCUCCCCCAAUGAGAGGCCGGACCAGCCGCCGUUCAGGAGAGAGAGCUCUGACCUCAUGGCUCCAGGGAGAAGAAGAAAGAAUAUGAAUGAAUUCCUUGGGGAUGCCAGUAUUCCCUUGCAAGACACUCUCCAGAAUUCCAGCUCCUCACUGCCGAACAACGACACCUGGAAGAACAGAGCUGCCAGUAGAUUUAGCGGCUUCUUUGGAACUGGUACCGGGCCAUUUGGAAAGGAGAUCGAUAAGAUGGAACAAUUGGAGAGCAAACUGCACUCGUACAGCAUGUUCGGACUUCCCAAACUUCCCCAACAGUUGUGCUUCGAUCAGGAUUCUUGGGAGGAGGAGGAAGAUGACACAAAUCUCAGCCUGGAAGACAGCUGGCAGGAAAUCAUUGAUGUUCCCGAGACUUUAUCAAGACGCCAGUGUCACCAGCAGGAGGCCAUAUGGGAGCUGAUCCACACCGAAGCCACAUACAUCAAGAAACUGAAGGUCAUAACAGAUCUGUUCCUGUGCUGUCUACUCAAUCUACAGGAAUCCGGAUUACUGUGCGAGGUGGAACCAGACAAGCUGUUCAGUAACGUGCAGGAGAUCAUUCAGCUUCAUCGAACUCUCUGGGCCAAUGUCAUGGUGCCUGUUCUGGAGAAGGCUAGGAAAAUCAAAAGCCUGCUGAACCCGGUGGACUUCCAGAAAGGAUUCAAAAUGUUUGAGUCUCUUUUUAAGCCGUACAUCAGAUAUUGUAUGGAAGAGGAGGGAUGUAUGGAGUAUAUGAGAAACCUGCAUCGGGACAAUGAAUUAUUUCGGGCGUAUGUGACGUGGGCCGAGAAACACAAGCAGUGCAACCGUUUGAAGCUGAGCGACAUGCUCGUGAAGCCACAUCAACGUCUCACCAAGUACCCCCUGCUGCUCAAGUCAAUCCUAAAGAAAACGGACGACCAUCAGAUCAGAGAGUCCAUCAUCACUAUGAUAAACUCAGUGGAGCGUUUCAUCAAUCAUGUCAACUCCCGAAUGCGCCAGCGGCAGGAUCAGCAGCGGCUGGUGGCCAUCACCAGUCGCAUUGACUCGUACGAAGCCGUGGAGAGCAGUUCUGAUGAAGUAGAUAAGAUAUUAAAGGAAUUCUGUAAGUUAGAUUUGACGGCGCCCAUGAUUGGAACAUCCCUCAAUGAUACCCGACAACUUCUGCUGGAAGGAAGCCUCAAAAUGAAAGAAGGGAAAGACAGCAAGAUGGAUGUUUACUGCUUCCUGUUUACGGAUAUUUUCCUCAUCACAAAACCAGUUAAGAAAGCAGAGAGGACCAAAGUUAUUCGACAGCCGUUACUGGUGGACAAGAUCGUCUGUAGAGAACUUAAAGACACAGGUUCCUUCCUGUUAAUCUACUUGAAUGAGCUCAGAAGUGCAGUUGGCGCCUAUACUUUUCAAGCCAGUGGUCAGUCGUUGUGCAGAGGAUGGGUAGAAGCCCUUUAUAAUGCACAGAACUUGCUACAGAGACUGCGUCAGGAGCAUGCACAGAACCAGCAGCAGGUAUCUCACCUGCCGGAAGAGGAAGAAGAAAUGGAAAGUGGGACAUCCGCAGCCAGUUCCCCAACGAUUCUGCGACGAAGCAGUGCUGACAUGUUGCAUAGCCAAUCAGACAGCUCGACAGAGACAAUUUCAGUUGUGGUCAUUGAUGCCUGUGAUGAUCUCUCCUCUCCUGAGACUGAGCAAGGACCCUUUAGUUCUCAGUCUGAUGAAACCUCAAUCAGUACCACCACCUCCUCCAUCACCCCUACCAAAGACAUGUUUGAAAGCAUGGAGACUUCAGAUGCAAACCCAGUGGUGGAUUCUAACUAUCUAAAACUGGAGCCAAAUGCAUGUAGAUCGUCAUCUAUUGACAGCGCUUAUGGGACCCUCUCUCCAACAUCACUGGAGGAGUUUGUAGAACGUCAACAACAAGAAGUGACAGAAGGAGAAAGGGAUUCAGUCAGUUCUCAGCGCUCAACGUCUCCAAAACUCAAGAGAAGAACCCCUGUCCAGCUCUUACCAUGCAAGUCUAAGGUCUUGAAAUCCAAAUCUGAAGCCAAUCUCCUUCAUCUGAUUUCAACAGAACCAACAAACCAUGAUAGUGAGGAAGCUCAGCUCACCCAAAGUAAGAGUCUGUGUGAACUCUUUAUGUCACAAAGGCCAGACAAUUUCAUGGACUCAGAGAACAAUAAAAUUGUCCUUCCUCGAUACGUUUCCCACAAAAGGACUAGCUUGGUGGAACGUUCUUUGAGAACAGCUGAAGAACACUUGGCAAAACCCAGGUCUCAUUCAGCCUGUACAAGACAGAAUGUUGUCAACCUAAGCAGCUGCAGCAGCAGUUCUUCUGACCUUUCGGAUGCAGAUGAGAUACGAUUUUCCAAAACUUCUGACGAUCCACUUUCAGAGCAGCUUGACUCUCUCCCAGAUUUUGAACUAGACUCCCCAUCACAGGAAUACAGCAGUUCUUACACAGAACAGUAUGUGGAGGACAAUGGGACAGAGAUGGACAAUGCUGCUGGACCUGGCUGUGCCAGGCGGACAAUGUCAGACCCACAGUCAACCCAGCAUAGGAAACUGACUUUGGCCCAACUGUACAGGAUUAGGACAACUUUACUCCUUAAUUCCACUCUAACAGCCUCGGAGGUGUAAUACAUUGGAACAGGAACACAUUGACAGUAGAAGUGACAUUUUCUGAGCAGAUGUCUAUGGAUCACCACGUGGCGGGAGGGCACAGAGGUCCACGUUUAGGUCUGUGUGCCGCUGUUGGUCCGGAUAGUUGGGAGAAACUGGAUAAUUGUCAGACAUUUGCAGAAAAUUCCCUUCGGCCCCCGAGAAAUGCAUCUUGUUUGCACUUUGAGCAAUAAAGAACUUCUAAUCUGAACUUCCAAGUGAGAACUGUUAUGGCAGAGAGCGAUGCCAUAGAGCGCAACUGGACGUGUGCCUCCUGGAUGGAUCCCAAGUGUUGUGAGGACCAAGCGGAUCCGACCUCGUCUUUAAUUAUGCAUACAGUGGACUCUUAUAUUGCUUUCAUGUUUUACAUACUGACCCCUGCCACUAGGACAUGUCGGCUAGAUCUGUCUAUUAGCACAGCUCGAUGUAACGAAACGUUUACUAAGCUGCACGUCUGACAACAUGAUCGAAGGGACAAUGUGACCCUCCUGUAAAUUAGAGGGAUAUUACAAGUCACCACGACUUGUAUGGGGAAGACAGUACAAACGGGGGCACUGGCCCAAUCAGCCAGUCAUCUGUGAUUCUCCUGGUCUUCAUCAGCCAUGGAGUCUAGUUGAGUCUUGUGACUAUUUUAAGGGUUGGUCUAGUUUUGACGAUCCUCAUUCAAUUGAUUGCUUGUAGCACCAUCUGUAGGUAAACUGUGCUGUGUCCAGCACUGUUGUUGGCAUUGGAUGACAUGGAUGCCCAUUGAUUACAAUGGGCACCUUUUAAUGCUUAUGGUGCCCAUGCAUAUUAGAUGUAAGUUGGUCAAAAUUGUUGAUUUCAGUGGGGGGGCAGCCAACUCCCCUCCAAUAGUAGAUGGGGAGGGAAAGAAGGAUCAGACAUGUUAGAUUUCUGGCACUGAGCAUGCUGAAUAUCUGGCAGAAGUAGAUUUCCCUUUCCCCAUUGAGGACACAUGCAUGCACUGCCGAAGGAGCAAUAGUUGUGGGGAGAAUUGGUGUUCAGCCAAAAGCUAUCUAAGGUGGCUUUAGUCACUAGGAGACAAGGUUAAAAGAUCACUAUUGCAGGACCUGAAGGGGUGGUGCUUAACAUAAGCAUUCAAAAAACAGCAAAGAAAGCUGCUUUGUGUCAUGCUCCACCCCCUCAGGUCGUGCCACAAUCAAAAUACAUUGUAUGAUUUCACAGCAAAGCGUUCCCAUGCUACAAAUAUCUCAUGGGGUGAGGAGGUGGUCCAGCCUCCCUAUAAUCAUUUUCAGAUUCAUAAUCCAACCUAAGUGGACAUCCCCUUUAAUUAUUAUCACGAGGCUGCAGACGUACAGAUUAGAGUAAGUAAUUCUUAAUGAUGAGCAAAGGGGCGAUGACAUCACCAGUUAUAACGGGUGACAUCAGAACUCUAGAUAGAAUUUUUGCAGUCUAUAUCUAUGUUACCAUAGGGCGUGUAUUAUACAGAGGUGCCCCGCCUGUAUAUACAUUGAGAAACGGGUUCCCUUGAAAGCUUCUGUAUGUGACCAAAGUUGGACAUCUAAGUCCGAUUCAUAUGUAGAUAAGAACGUCUUACGACUUUCAGAUCGCUUGUGUUGCUGACCUUACAGCCUCUCCAAGCCAGACCACAUCCUGUCACUCCAUUUAAAGGAUGCGUUGCUAGUGUUUAAGUAAGUGAACCCCACUGCUCCGUAUGGAGGGGGAAAUGUCUUUUUCGAUAGAUUUUGUACGGCAAUGGAAAAGAUGUACAGUGACAGUAUUAUGCUUCCCAGACAUGGUGCUUGCCAAUGUUUAAAUUAUUUCUUCUAUUUUUUGUUGUUGUUACAUUAUUUAAACUCCUAAGGGCACUUUAUUUGUAAGAUAAUUUGUAGUUACAGUACUCAGUACUCAGAAGAGACCAGUAAUCUGUACAUAACCUAGUAUAGCAUGUCAGACGUCAUGUCAUAAAUAGCUUUUACUGACAUAUGUUCUUAAAUAAUCUCAUUUCCUAACAGGCACCAGUCGUCUUCACCCAUAUAGGCGGCCAUUUUGCAAGCAGAACCACAGUUAGCGUGUGAGCUAUAAAUUCAGACUAAAUAUAUGGUUAAAGGGGUUACCUGAGCUUUUUUUUUUUUUUCAGAAACAGCGCCUCCCCUGUCCCCAGGCUGUGUCUGGUAUUGCAGUUAGUUCCAAGUUACUUGAAUGGAAUGGAGUUGCAAUAUCAACAUAAAAAAACAACAGAUUUCUGAUAGCCCCUUUAUGACGUUUGACAUUUUUUUUCAUGUUUGAAGCUAAUUUUCGAAAUGGCCGCCAUGUAGGUGAUACAGUUUCAUUAUAACUUAGGUUCCACAUUAUAGCGCAUUGUCAUGUAACCCCCAUCCGUACAAUUGUACACCGCGUACCCCGGCAGGGUCAUUUUUUAUUUAUUAAAUAUAUAUUACUUCUUUAAAGUGGUAUCAUUUUUUUGUAUUAUAAAAAAAUAUAAGUGAACAGAG